ACGUUUACCAAUAUAUUCACUAUUUAGUAUACGAGUAACGAAAUUUAAGAGAAAAGAAAAAAAGAAAAAAAAAUGGCCAAGGCAACUUCUUCACUUGUCGUCCCCAUCAUCUUUCUUGUGAUAUUUGCUUUAGUUGAGCAGAAUAUGGGAUGUAAUGAUUAUAUUGUUGGCGAUGUGUGCGUUCAUUGUCGAGAAAGAUGCCUCAGAUAUUAUCCAGUUACAAGAAAAGCCGAGUGUUACAGGAAUCAUUGUCUUUGCAUCGGCCCUUGUCCGGAUGAUAGGCCUCAUAAGCGAUUCCAAAUGUUAAACUCUUCCAAAAAUGUAAAAGCACAAAUCCUAAGUUGAAUGUCAAAAUCAUAAUAUUUCUAAAAAAACUAUUUUCAAUUGAAGCUUUGAUUAUAAUAAAAUUU